GUUAUCUGCCUUUCAGUUCAGCGCCAUUUGGCAUUGUUUUUGCCACAGUCGCGGCGGCCGUCGAUCGCCAGUUAUCACCCAGAGACUAAAGUACAUAUUUCCUUAUCGGCAUCUCGGUUCUCCCAGCUUUCAGUUUUCAGUCGCGGAACGUCGCUCACAUUGAUUGCGGAGCUCCAAAACCCUUCGGACGUGGUUCGAGGGCGAGAUUACGGAUGGGGAACUAAUCAGUGUUUACCGCUUGAAUUACAUAAAUCAGACUGGCAACGGGACAAGCCCCCAAUUUUAGUGAAACAUCCGAAUAUUUUAGGAAAUAAAGAUGUUUAAAGCUUGGAAAUAGUGAUUGUGAGAGAAAUUCAAAUGCAAAUCUAAUGUUAUUAAGAGAUAAGUGAAAGUGAAACCAGAACGUAAAGUUAAAUAGCUUAACCAUGGCCGAUAAGAUACUGAAGCCCGUGGAGAAGACUGCCGAUCCGAUCAUCUCGCAGAUCGGCGACUUCCGCCGCUACCACCUUUUCUUUUUCUUCCUCAUCCUGCUGUGCAAAUUCGGCUCUGGCUGGCACACUUUGGGACACAUUUUCCUGGCCGCCCCCACACCUGAAUCCUGCAAGACAGAAAAUGUGACAGAUGUGUGCUGCAAGGACUGCGAGGAGGUCGAGUUCGACACCAGUGUCUUUCAGUCGACCAUAGCCACCGAAUGGAAUCUCAUUUGCGCUCUCAAGCCACUGGUGAGCAUGUCCCAGUCCAUCGUCAUGGCGGGCAUUAUGUUUGGGGGCAUGACUUUUGGCAUGUUGGGAGAUCGUUUUGGACGCCGACCAGCCUUUCUGACUUGCUGCUUCAUGCAAUUGAUCACCGGUCUGAUCGUCUGCGUGUCGCCCUACUUCUGGUUCUACUGCCUUUUCCGGUUCCUGGUGGCCUUCGCCACAGGCGGAACCAUGACAAUCAGUUUCGUGCUGCUUAUGGAGAUCAUAGGGCCCUCUAAGCGUGAGCUCAUAGCCAUUUUGUACCAGAUACCAUUCAACAUCGGCCACGCCUCCCUGGCCGUGUUCGCGUACUUCAUCCGUGAUUGGCGCUGGUUCCAGUUCGCCAUUACCAUCUUCUCGGUCGUGUUCGUGGUCUACAUCUGGCUAGUGCCGGAGUCGCCGCGCUGGCUCUUCUCCACGGGCCGGCUGGAUAAGGCCAUUAGGAUCCUGGAGAAGAUCGCAAAGUGCAACAAGGCGCCGACAGAGACUGUCCGGCCGGAAAUCGAGGCAGCGUAUGCGGUGAAGACUGCCCUCCAGCCGUUGAAAAAAGGCAAUGUGCUGGACCUGUUCCGGACGCCAUACCUCCGGCUGAAGACCAUCUGCAUGGCCACCAACUGGUUGGUGACGUGCAUGGUCUACUACGGCACCGCCCAGUACGUGUCCCAGCUGGGCGGGGACAUCUUCGUGAACAACCUGAUCGCGGCCGUCGUGGGCAUUCCGGGCACCUGCCUUUGCGUGGUGCUGACAAAGUAUCUGGGCCGCAAGAAGACGCUCAUCCUCUCGAACUUUCUGUGUGCGCUGGGCCUGUUCCUGCUGGCCUGCCUCUUUAACUUUGGCUCCGUGGCUCAGGUGGUCUGCGCCACCCUGGGACUCUUUGGGGCCUCGAUAUCCUUCCCCAAUGUCUACCUCUACGGCGGCGAGCUCUUUCCCACUGUUGUCCGCUCCAACGGCAUGGGACUCUGCUCGAUGGUGGGCCGGGUUGGGUCCGUUAUUGCCCCAUAUAUAUGCGACCUUAAAGUCUUCGGGGGUUGGAUUGCCCCGGUCGUCUUUGGGAUCUUCUGCGUACUGGCCAUCAUCUGCACCCUGUUUAUUCCGGAGACGCGCGGCUUGCCCCUUCCGGAGAGUCUCGAAGACGGCGAGCAGUUUGGACGCAAGCAGAAAAAAUAACUCUGCCAGGAGUUUUCCCCAAGUGUAGCUAAGCACAAAAUUAAAUAGUUUUUGGGCACAGACAGAGUUAGUGUCUGGGCCCCGCAAUUAUUAAAUUUCGACUUAAUUUGCGAUUUGUGCGAUGCGAUAUGUCAGUCAAACCGAACCAAGUGCCUUUCGUGCCGCAAACGAGAGGCGAAAAUAUUGAAAAAUCUAGCGAAUGCAAAAGGUAAUUACCGCGCACUAACUUCCACUUCGUGAUUAUUAAAACUGGGUUAGCAGUCGUCUGAAUCCGAAUCCAGCUCUUUUUGGUAACUGGUAACCGGCGACUGUUAAUGUCGAGGUGCAAACUCUCAGCCAAAUGGCGAAAAAUAGAAAUAGCAUUGGGAAACCGCCACGAAGCGACUGGGAAUGGAUGCUUGGCAUGUGAACCCAAAACCCAUCGAUAGCACGUGAGAGAGCAUUCAAAUUAUUCAAGGAGAAUGUGGGUAACAACUAGCUUAUAGCCUAAAGACCCAAAUACAAAACAUAUGUUAUUAGAUUAAUUCUUAGUUUUAGAUUUUAGACUUAAUUUUCUAUUUUUAUGAACUCAUAGUCUGUAUACCACUGAAUAAACCCACUUGGAAUCGAUUACA